AUGGGUAUUUUCCUAGAGUACCCGGUAAUUGUUUAUCUGACGCUCUGCUUUUUCUCGCAUGUCGUAACUGCGCUUGAUGGGCCUUCGGACGUGUAUGAUCACGCACGACCGUCUCAACAUGAAAUACUCGAACCAACUACCUUGGGAGUCCGCGUCGUUCGGCCAGUAUUUGCAACUAUCCCGAUAACCAGGGCUGGCCAUCGAAAUGUCACAGUGGCGCUAACAAUCUGGCUUAGACGGGUGGGAGCAACGCAUGGAGUAUACGAUAUGCCACAUCAGACCAAGGACGCCCUCCGGUUCCUGGUGUGGGUGGACUCGCCCCAAAACCUCCAUCUGCGGGUGUACGGCCACGCGGCCCUACCCACCGAGCACUCCACCUGGAAGCCCCGGCUGCUGGUGGAGACAGACCUAUCGGAGCUGCCACUCCUAGAGGCGGUUCCGGAGCCAGGUGUACGGCAGUACGCUGCGGUACCUGGUCAGGCGAUGCGGCCGUACUCAUACCGGCUUGAGCUACCCGCAGGGGCAGGCAUUUGCUUCAAAAUUAUUGAGGCCAGCUACCCCAAACAUAAGGCCCCGGUCUGCAUCCCACCUGCCGCCAUCGACGGCAUCUGCGACUCCCUGGCUCCUGCUGCCGGAUUCAGUGCCGCCAAACCCGCGCUGUACACAGCGAUAGGGCCCAUCCGGCACGCCCAAUCCACACGUGAUUGGACGGACCAUCAGGCACGGGUCGCAGGACGGUUAAUCAACUACGUGUCGUACCAUGUGGCUAUGGGCGCGUCAGGGCUGUUGCAGUACACGGACGAGCUGAUGCGCUCGUACUUGAUGCGGAACGCGCAGAUUGUGGAGCUGGUACGGCGGGGACAUCUUAGACUGGUCAAGUGGGACAUGCCGGAGAGGGCCCACGACGACAAGGAUGGCGCUGGGCGACCGUUGGGCUACAACUACGAUCAGGCGCUGGUGUCCAGUCACGCGCUCCUCGCCACCUCGGCUUGCGGUGCCAAUCUGGUGCUGCUGACCACCGACAUUGACGAGUACAUCUACUUCCCGAAGGCCGGCCGACGGUGGCCGGAGCCCUGGGGCGCUUGCAUGGGGCCAGGAAGGGCGACUCUGGAGAUGCCGGCGACGACGGUGCAGGCAGCAGCGUCCGCGGGGUCGGGAGAUUCGAAGAUGCAAGAUCCGAUCCGAGCACGGCAGGGCGGGAACCGGCGGCGGGAGUUACAGGCGGAGGUGGAGGUGGUCUGGAGAGAUGACAGGGAUGUAAAUGGUGGCGGUGUAAGGCCGAAGUAUAGCGUGUUUAAGGUUCAGCGAUACGAUUUGACGUCAUCAUCUGUGCUUCCGGAUGAUGAGUCACGUCUGUGGGCAACACCGGGUGCCCUGCCCAAUACCACCACAGCCACCUCAACCACCGGUAUUAGUAACAGCCAAAAUGGCUUGAGGAAUGGCUCCAUGGACGUGUCUUUCCGGUCGGAAGAAAGAGGAGCAGGAGGAGGGCAACAGCAGGAGCAGCAGCAGAUGCUGAUAAGGAUGGCGCCGCCGCACCCAAUGUCCCGCUACGACCUGAUACGUGAACGACCCAUGGAUUGGCUGUAUGUGAAGCAGGCACAGCUGCCGGCGGCGGGCGUGGUCCUGUUCUUCGUACAUGAAGGAGCGCCGCUGCACGGCGAGUCGCUGCUGGUGCACCACCGCUGCAUGGUACUGCUGCAUGUGCCUCACUUUUUCCGCUCCCGCGGUAGCAGAGGUAGCGGCAGUCAAGGGCAUCGGCAGGGAUGGCGCCCGUUUUGCCAUUGGAUGUUUUCGGAACCGGGAUCUGACAGGGGCCUAUCGGAGCUGUAG